AUGGACGAGGGGGCCGCGGCGACCUUCGCGGACGCAGACGAUCAUGAUGACGGUGCUGCCGCCACCAGCCUGACACUCAGUACUGCCCGCUACCGCCCUGCCACCAACCCGCCACUGCCCAGAGGAGGCUCGAGGACGGAAGCACGCCACCCUCUGCUGGCACCACCCUGGGCAGGAGGUGCCGCGGGGGGCCCUGCGCCCGGCAGGGGCAUGGAGGGGGAGAGCUCGGGGUGCUGUGAGGCCCCAAAGAAGCUGGGCCUGUCCUUCUCCAUCGAGGCCAUCCUCAAGAGGCCCACGGGCAGGAGAGACGCGGCCAGGGCGCAAGGACCUGGAGGAGAGCACCCUGGGCAGGCAGCGGAGGAAGCUUCCAGGCUGCAGAAGCCGCUGCAGCCCCAGCCCCGGGAAGAGAGGAGGAGCAGGCGGAGGGUCCGCACCACCUUCACCACGGAGCAGCUGCGGGAGCUGGAGAGGAUCUUCCAGUUCACCCACUACCCCGACGUCCACAUCCGCAACCAGCUGGCCGCCAGGAUCAACCUGCCAGAAGCUCGAGUGCAGAUCUGGUUCCAGAAUCAGCGAGCCAAGCGGAGGAAGCAGGAGAAGAUCAGCAGCCUAGGCACCCUGCCGCAGCUGGACGAGGCUGACUCGUCCCUGCCCCUGAAUCUGGAAGUGACUGGCUCCACGCUGCCACCCUCUGCCCUGCCCAGGCUGGCUCCUCCCUCACGCUGUGACCCACCUGCUCCACGCCAGCUGACCGCGGCCUGGGUCCCUGCCCGCCUCGCCCUCCUCCCGCAGCACCCGUGGGAGAUGCCGCCCUUCCCGGCCCCUCUCCUCCAGCAGAACUGCGUCCCCACCCUCUGCAUCCUUCCACCUCCGCACCCCAGCUGGGGUGGCAUCUGUGCCCCUUCAACAUAG